AUGCCACCAAUGCAGUGCGAUGGCGCAACGGAGAAGCUGCUCGACGGCGGUGCAGACGACCUAAAGAAUCUGGGAGCCUCGUCGGAACGAGAUGCCGACGAGCUCGAGCGACAAAGCAUAGCAGCUCGGCGGCGGUACCCGAUACUUCAGAUCUUGUGUCUUCUAGGAGCAGUGUUUCUCACAAUUCUUGCUGCAUAUCUGUGCGGUGUUCGUUUGGUACUCGUGGAGGCCACCUCACCAGUCAGACAGCAACCAAGCAUGGUGACAGCAUCUCCGGCUUAUGAUGCAAUCAGCUCAUUGCCUCUAAUCACGAUAUCGGAAAUGCACACAGGACCCGACAAUCCCUACAGUGGCGCUCCAAAUCCAGAACGCAACGAGCUCUGGAAGCAUGUACUACAGAAUUACAACAUACGAGUUCCGAGAACUGCGAUAGCACCAGGCGCAUCGACUGUCCAUCUUUCGGAUGAAUCUGGGGACGCCUGGGUGUCUUUGAGCAUGUUUCAUCACCUACAUUGCCUGGAUUCGAUUCGUCACCAUAUCCAUGGAAGUGCGUGUCCGUCGCGCGACUCGAGAAGCGAUGCCGAUGGCUUCCCAAUCCAUCUAGAUCAUUGUAUCGAUACUCUGCGCCAAUGGAUCAUGUGCCAGCCAGACCUAACAUUGCGACCAAUCGUCUGGAGGGAAGAUGGGCUUUCCGCAAAGGCGAACAACACCAUCGUCCAUCAGUGCGUCAAUUGGACUGCACUCGGCGGCUGGCUUUCGGAGCAUGCACUUCAUGCGAAACAGCAGCUGAUUAAAAGGCCAGACGGGCAAGCUUGGGAUGGACCGUAUCCACCUCCGGCUCGUUGUGGAUCAUCUGCUGGCAGCACCUGA